CAAGCUAAAGAUGGCAGUACUAUUAUUGGUAUCUCUCAGUGCUCUUACUAUUAUAGUGAACUCGGGCGCGCCUGACUGUGGAACACGAAACCAAUUUCGACAGUACUGUUUUUCAUUCGAAUAUUGCACUAACUUCACGUGCCAAAGUGAAAAUUGCGGGCGUUUUCCACGUAACAGUGUGUUGUUAAGGAUACAGCAAAUGAGAAUUAUACCUCAGUGUGCUGUUACGCACUCAACGACCUUGAAACGUAUAAGUGGCAUCAGCAGUGGUAUACAAGUUUUGACCUCCGGUUCAUUCGCAUAUUUGCCCAAUUUAGAAAGUAUCAUUUUGUCUUUUAAUCAAAUACGCGAGUUACACCAUGGAAUUUUUUAUAAUAUUAGUGUAUCUUUACUGGAUCUGAGUUGGAACAAAAUUACUUAUAUUUCGGAAGGAGCUUUUAAUGGAAUAACUGGAUUGACACAUUUAAAUUUGAGCAGAAACGAACUGACGACUAUACCAGUGGAAUAUUUACCUAGAACCGUAGUAAAAUUAAAUUUGUCAUAUAACUUUCUAGAGUGGAUAGCUCUGAACGGGGCUAAACGACCUGACUUAACAUCCGUGGAUCUCAGCUACAACAAUUUAGAAAAUGUUGCCCUGUCUUUUGAUAAUACCCUCGAAGAGAUAGAUCUAACUCAUAAUAACUUGAAGGAUAUAGAUUUCUAUGACGUAAACGAUUGUGAAAAUUUAAGAAUACCGUCCAAUUCGUUUUCAGAUAUUCCACGAUUCUUGAAAUAUUCAAAAAUCCGGCGUGUAGCUAUACAUCCCAAUCCAUGGAAAUGUGAUGAGCUCAAGCAACUAUGGGAACAUUUACAAAACAACAAUAUCGAGGAAGAACAGUUCAUUGACGAUUCUCAGCCUGUGUGUUCCAUUAAUUCAACCACAAUUUCAUCCUUAUCCCGAAGCGUCGACUUAGAGUGUGAAAAUGAUAACCACUGUGCCAAAAAUCAGUUGUGCAGAGCUCAUAAGUGUUGGGAUCCUUGUAACAGCGCGUGUGAUAGCACAAACAUUUGCAACGUUGAAAAUCAUGGAAUUGUUUGUCUAUGUACAGGAUUGAAAAGGAAAAAUCCACAUGAAGUAUUCUCGCCAUGUUACGACGUUGAAUGUUUCACAGACAAUGAUUGUGUUUCUGGAAAUACUUGCAGUUUUAAUAAGACCUGCGUACCAUUUCAUAUUAGUGGUGUGGAACCAAUUGGCGUAAUUUCUUCUUUUGGAAGCAAUAUCAACCGCCUUGACAAUGUGCCAUGGUGGUAUGAAGAUAUACCAAAGCUAGCUCCCUCCCACAGAAUUUCUCAAAAUUGAAGGACUUUUCAAUCGUUUUUAAUUUGAUUUAUGUAAGAACCAAUUAUAUUUAAUGAUAUUUGUUGC